UGGGCGCGGGGUCUCUGUCUUAGUCCCACUUUGAAAAGCUUGCAGGCUUGCAAAAUGGCAGAAGCUGAUGCUAAUAAGGUCCCGGAACCUGCGGCCCCGGGGGUGGCCGAAGAAGCGAAGGCUAGCUCGUCUAGUAAUUCUGGGGAAGAAUCUGACAGCAGCUCCUCCAGCAGCAGUGACAGCAGCAGCAGCAGCAGUCUCAGCCUCUUGUACAGCAAGAAAAGGAAACACGAGCCUUCCAGGAGGUCACGUUCCUCGGGUAGAUAUUUUUUGGAUCGCCUUCCACGGGCAGUUAGAAAUCGUGUGCAGGCACUCCGAAAUAUUCAAACGGAAUGCGACAAGGUCGACACCCUUUUCCUGAAGGCAAUUCAUGACCUGGAAAAAAAAUACGCUGUUCUCAACAAACCUAUAUACGAUCAGCGAUGCAAAAUUGUCAAUGCAGACUACGAACCGACAAGAGAAGAAUGUGAAUGGAAUUCGGAGGAUGAGGAGUUCAGCAGUGACGAGGAGGUCCAGGAAGACAGCUGUAGUGAAAUGCCUCCCUUAGAGGGUGAAGAAGAAGACAAGCCAAAAGAGAAGCCUGAGGCGAAAGCGGAAGAAAAGGAGGCUCCCAAGGAAAAUCCUGAAAAGGAAAAAGCAGAAGCUAAAGAUUUUCCGGAGGCAAAGCCUGAAGUAAAAGAAGAUGCUAAAGAUUUACCCCAAGCAAAAGCAGAAGACAAAGAACGGCGGCGUAAACCAAAGGAAUCAAGGGAUGCCCGGAGAGAAUCUUCUAGAAGAGCUUCAGAGGUGAGGCUUAAAGAAAGAGCAAGUCGUAAAAGAGCUCAUAAGAGAAAGUCCAGAAGAGAAGAUCCCAAAGGCAUCCCUAAUUAUUGGCUAACAGUUCUAAGAAAUGUGGAGAAGCUCGGUACCAAGAUUCAGAAGUAUGAUGAGCCAAUUCUGAAGUAUUUGUCAGAUGUCAGCUUGAAGUUCUCGAAACCUGGCCAGCCCAUAAGCUACACAUUUGAAUUCCAUUUUCUGCCGAAUCCGUACUUCAGAAAUGAAGUGCUAACGAAGUCGUACGUAAUUACUUCGAAGCCAGAUCACAACGAUCCUUUCUUCUCUUGCGGAUGGGAAAUUGAAGAUUGUAAAGGCUGUAAAAUAGAUUGGAGAAGAGGAAAGGAUGUCACCGUGACAACCACCUACAGUCGCACAACUGCUACUGGGGAAAUUGAAAUCAAGCCGAGAAUCGUUCCUAAUGCAUCAUUCUUCAAUUUCUUUAGCCCUCCAGAGAUUCCCAAAAUCGGAAAGCUGGAACCACGAGAAGAUGCAAUCCUUGAUGAGGACUUUGAAAUUGGUCAAAUUUUACAUGAUAAUGUCAUCCUGAAAUCAGUCUAUUACUACACUGGAGAAAUCAAUGGUGCCUAUUACAGAAAUAGAAGAUACCGAAAAUAAAAAGGAAAGUUGCCUGAAAGAAUUUUCAAGAAUUUCAAAAUUGAAGUGAAGCAGGUUUAUAUAGCUUUGAGAAAAAAAAAAACCUGCCCUGUAAUCUCCAUACUAAUAUCCCUUGCUGUCUUGUGCUUUUAUAUUUUCUUGGUAUUUUAAAAAUUUCUUUAAAAGUGUCUAAGUAUUAGUUUAUUAUUUAUAUUCUGUUGUAACCUGUUGUAAUGUGAUAUUCUUAAGAGAUAUGUAAAAUGUCAGUUACCUAAAGCAUGUUAGCUUGAUUCUAUAGAUUUUGCUUCUUGUGAAGUCCUUUUGUUAUGUUCCUAUUAUAAUUUAACUGUGAAAACUGUUAGAAUUAUUCUCAGAAUUGUUAACUAAGAUUUUUUAAAAAGCUUGAAAAAGUAAUUUCCUGAGCUAAAAACACAGCUCUUUGUUUUCUCCUAUUCAGCUCUGAAGACUAAGGAUUUAAAUAUGCUUCCACUGGCAGUGCAUUCUUUGCUAUAGAAAUACAACACGUUUAACUACUAGAGAGUAUUGUGAAAUUUGCCUGAAAAAAUUAGAAUACACUUAAGGAUAUUUAUUAAUACCAUGUAGAAUGUGACUGAGCUUGUUUAUGUGAAUAGUGGUGUAUAAAUUUAGUUAUAAUGAAGUUAUUGUUUACCACUGAAGUGUUAAUAUGAUAUAGUAUUUUAUGGCAAAAGUCUCUUUAUCUUAUACUGUUUAAUUGUAAUCUAAAAUUACUAGUAACAUUUUCUUUGUAAUAUGUGCUAAUUUUCUUUUCAAUGAAAAUGUUCAAUUUGUGUUAUUUGAUAUUUUUCAUGUUCUCUAUUGCAUCCUAAAAUAAUUACAUGUCAAAUAAAGUGUAUUGUGCUCCCAAA